AAUUUUCCAAUUUUCAUUGUAUGUAUAUUUCAGGCAAUGAUCGCAUGCUAUCCAGGGCUUGGUUCACAUUAUGUCAAACAUGUUGAUAAUCCAAACAAAGACGGCAGGUGUAUUACAGCCAUCUACUACCUUAAUCUCAACUGGGAUGUGAAAAAAAAUGGCGGUCUGCUGAGGAUAUUUCCUGAAGGAUGGUGCGAAGAUAAAGUUGCCGAUAUUGAGCCGAUAUUUGAUAGAUUGCUGUUCUUUUGGUCUGACAGAAGAAACCCUCAUGAAGUGCAACCCUCCCACAGUACUCGUUAUGCCAUUACACUGUGGUAUUUUGAUGCAGCUGAGAGGGAAGAAGCACGGAGACAGUUUGAACGAGAAAGGAGAUCAGAAGGUAGACAUAUGAAAUGACGAGCAUCGGCCUAAGACAGACUGAGAACACUGUAGAACAAAUAACUGCUGAAUGCAUAAGAACAAACAUUUUUGAGACAGUUAUACGUCCUUGUACAUAUAUUUGUGAGUUUUGUAAAAACACUGUUAUUGUUAGGAUAUUCAACAUGUGAUAUUUGGAAUAAUCAAUCUUAGCCAUUACGUAAACAUAUUGUGUGUUGGGCAGCAUAUUUUUCAGGUAUUCAAUUUCACUUUAUCUUAGAUUGUCAUUAUGUGAAUUCGUUGUGAUGGAGUUAUUAUACUGGCAAAAAACAAAACUUUCCUUUCAGCUUCAUCAAAAAUAUUGAUAAAAAAAAUGACUAUGAAAGGAAGUAAUUCAGUUAAAAAAGUUGAUACAAUGUCAGACUGAGGCAAGUCCCAAUUUCAAAGUCUUGGAUUGUAGCUCCAAAACUUAGUUUUAUUUCUUAAACAAUCUAAAAAUAUAUCAACUGUAAUAAAAAAUGUAAUGAAUAUUUUAAGAAAAUACUUCUACUUCUAUAAGUAUUCUUUCUAGAAUGUUCAAAAACUUUGCAUUAAUAUUUACGAAAAAGUGUAUAAGUGCUUCAGUCACCAUUUUUUUUUUUUAAAUAGAUUAUAGCAAUGGUGGAGAUAAAUGAUUUCGCUCAGAAUACUUUAAUAUGAUGAAACGCAUGACAUAUUUUUGUUAUACUGUCGU